AUGACCAUCGAGGCGCAAUUUGCAGUAGCUGCCAUUACGAGUGACAUCACACAGUUCAACACGGUAGUAGCAGCGAUUGAGUCAAGUGUUAUCGCCGAUGUAAGUGAUGCAGUGCUUCAUCCUCCUGAAACUGGAAGUUACGCUAAUUUAAAGGCUUGCAUCAUAGAGCGGUACAGUGAGAGCGAGCAGCGGAAGAUUCAACGGUUGUUGUCAGAAGUUGAACUUGGUGAUAGACGCCCAACACAGUUGCUAACGGAGUUGACAGCGUUAGCUAAAGACAAGGUGAGCGAUGAGUUCCUUAAGUCUCUUUGGCUGAAGCGUUUGCCACCACAAGUGCGCGCUAUUCUGCAGACAUCGAACGUGGCACUAGCAGAACUGGCGAAAUUAGCAGAUCGUAUUUGCGAGGCGGGUGAUUUUCAACAGAUAGCUGUAGCGUCAGCCUCUGAUUGUCCAGCCUAUUCUGAUAAUGCUGUGAUUUUACGAAGGCUUGAGCAAAUCGAACAGCGUCUGAGUCGUUUGGAUUUACGUCGUAGUGAGUCGGUGCAAAGUCGAUCGUCAUCGAGGAGACGUAGGCGAACUCGUUCCCGACCAGGAAGUCAUCCAGAUUGGUGCUGGUAUCACGAAAGGUUUGGUGAUAGAGCUAAUGCUUGUCGGCAGCCCUGCAAACGCCCAAACGAAUUAACGAAUUACGAAACUACUAAUCUCCAACCGCCACAAAAUAACUUGCCAGCAUAUCAUCAAUUACCUGCUGAUCUAUCGGAGGAGAGCAUACGCAAAGAAGCUGCACUAGUAUUAAAACAAGCCGAAAGUCAUCAAAGUAAAGCCGAGAACGGUGAUAAUAUACCAACAUUCAAGGUCAAGACCAAACGAAACAGCAGUAGCAGUAUUAACACCACAAAGGACACGAAUCCUAAAAAAUUUCACUCAUUACCGACACGUAAGAAAAAAGCACCGACUAAGCCAGUCGCACGUAGUUCCAGUGACGCAGCUGCUAAGAAAUCUGCCAAACGGCCGUCUAUCUUUAAUAUUUUUAGUCGAAAAAGUGACACGAAUGUCAAUCAAAGUGAACGUGACCCACGUUUUGAGGAUAGUGGUGGCAGAAGAUUAGUUCGAAGCAAGAGUGAUGUCGGUUCGUACAACCGUGGCGAACGAAAAUUAAAAAAAGCCUUGAAGGACUCAAAGCCAACACAUAACGGUUCGACAAAACUAUUGCCCACACAAUUAAGUCCAAUUAUUGAAAACACGCAGAGAGAAGACUAUUUCGCGGAACAGUUCAAUCGAGAAAGACGCAAGUCGGAUGCUAUCACUGACCGUGAGAAGUAUGAGAGCGCUAUAGAAGAAUUGCUCCACCGUAGCGAAGUAAAAGCUGAAGUUGAUGGUAAUAUAUUAGGUAAAAAUCCAAUUUCGGCAGGCAUAAAAGACAAAAUUUUAACGCUACAAUCUAAAUCAAACGAAAACAUGCACAGUUCACAGUUACCGGCGCAAAAGCUGCCUCUGACAAAGGGUGUUACUGUAAAUGGAAUGGUAAAACGAUUAUCAAUGGAACGUUUCUCACCUCCACCAACUAUAUCUGGUCCAGCAUUUUCUUAUAUACGACCAAAUGAAGGUAUCACUUAUGCCCAGCUUGACUUGAAUGAUGAACAUCAACAAAACACACUACAACGAAAGGAACGUUUACUCUCACCCACACGUGAAAUACGUACCCCUGUUAGGGAGUAUAGAUCUCCUGCGAGAGACAUACGCUCACAAGAGCGAGACUUUCGUUCCAAUACUAAUAAUAGCAAUUACAAUAGAAAUUCAGUAGAUCGUACAGAAUUUGUAACUAGUCACAAUAACAGUAAGCAAAAUAGUAGUAGUCGAGUCAUAAUUGAGUCACCAGCACGUACACGCAAUUCCUUUUCACCUAUAGCAGGACCGACUACUAUACGUAUUUCGAGUUCACAUUCCCCUUCACCAUGGCAACAACUAAGUCCACGUAACUUAAGUGAUGAAGAUGAAGGGCUUGGUAUCGAAACUCGUAAAUAUUAUGACGAUGAAACUUUAAAAACUCGUAGCAAAUCACCCGCUGAGCCACCAAUUGUGCCAGUCAUACGCAGUAUAACGCCAACACGAGAAAAUAGUUACGAAAAUCAACCCUACCGGUCACCAUACCGUGAUGAACCAGCUGAUGAUUUACGAUAUCGUCGAGCACGCUUAGAAUCACGCAUAUUAACACGCCGAUUUGGUGAUAUCGGUACACCAGAACGUACAAUUGACCAUCAGCCACGUUCUAAUGGAUACCAUUACAGCAAUUCACCGGAAAGAAAUAGAGAUCUACUACAAUCUCAAACCACUCAUCAUCGAUAUCUGAGUCCAGAUCGUGAACCGUAUGAGCCACGUUUCCACAAACCAGCAAGUGAUGAAAUUUUACAAAAAUAUUCACCAGAACGUUCACAUCUAGAUAUAAUAUCGCCUACUACAAAAACAACUACAACGUUGAUGAAUACAUUACCUAAAAUGGAAAAAACCUCUCGUUACAAGCAUACUAAAUACUACGAUGAUGGUAGAGGUGGGGUAAAGGAUGUAUAUGAACGUGAAACACAUCUCGAUGCAGAUGGUAAGCCACAUGUACGUGAAUCGAGACAUCAAGAACGAUUGGAUUCUUUUACUGGUCAGCGAGACCAGUCCUCACUCGAGGGUCAACAACUUACAGACUAUGAACCGAAAAGUUUGGAUUCACAGUUCACCAGCACCGAUCAGUAUCGUUCUUCGCCAGAGAAUAUGAAGAGGUACGAAAUGAGCAUGGAACGAAACUUGCCACGACAGCAGCACAGUAGCGAAGACCACUGGCACAGCAGCUUGAAACGGGAUAAAAUGCAACAACGAAGUUUCGAUAAGGGUGACUCCGGAAUUGAAAACGAUUUUCGAAAAGAAUCUUUUAAUGGUGACUUGACAACAAGAUGGCGUAAACGUACGGUUGUCGACGACAUGAAAGCCUGUGAAAUGUUUUUGAAAAAAGAACGCCGCCACACUGAACAACAGCACGUAACACGACGCAAAGACAAUUAUGUUUAUCGCGAACGCUCCAUCGAUGAUGGCUCACACUAUGACCCACAUUUGGACAAAUAUCCGGUGGCGACUAGUACUCUGCGGCACAAAGAUCAGCACUCACAAACCGUUCAAGGACAAGAAACGCUCAAGCGAAACAAAAAACUUGGCGGAUUCGAGAAAGUCAAACAACUUUUUACCGGCGGCAGUGGCGGCGGUGGAGGCAGCGGUGGCAGCAGUGGCGGUAGUAACACCUCCAAGAAAGAAUCAGAGCGUCAUGUGCGAGCCAACAGCAGCACCACCAGCAGCGGUGCUCAAGCGACAUCCAAAGACAAAGACAAAGACAAAGACAAAUACAUGGUUAAAGAGGAAGAGAUGCGUUUGCGGUAUCGUGAACAUCGCGGCGCUAUGCAGAAUGAAGCAAUGCGCGAACAAAAGGUGAGUGAGUAA